CAACUGCAAACAUAAAAAGCUGUAUGUUUCUUGUAAGGGAAUGCAAAAGGACUGUGUUGGUUCUGGGCAAUAGUAAAACAGAUUUCACAAGUUGUUUAUAUGUUUUAAUUUAGAUGACAUCAGCUUAAUUUUACAGUUUAUUGACACUUAAUAGAAAAAGUGUAUCUGGUGAUCUGUUUGAUCCCAUAACCCUCUGCGAGCAUCUUAGCGGAAGUUCCCAUAGAGAAGAAGCCGAGUUCAGUAUACUAAUACAACAUAUUUGCUCAAACAAAAAUAAAGGAAAUUAUAAAAAAUGGAAGGUGAAACAAGGGUAAAGAAAUUAGAACGCAUUGUCCGAAGAAUCAGAUCGUUUCCUGACUUUCCGUCCAAAGGAAUCGUAUUCAAGGAUAUCUGUCCUGUGCUUAAAGAUCCAGAAGCUCUGACUGCAGUAAUUGAUUUAUUUGAACAACAUGUGAGACAGACGUACCCCCAGGUUGAAUUAAUUGUUGGUCUGGAUGCUCGUGGGUUCCUGUUCGGUCCUCUCCUGGCUCAGAGAUUGGGUAUAGGGUUUGUGCUCAUUCGCAAGAAGGGGAAACUGCCCGGCCCCACCCAAUCUGUGGGUUACACACUGGAAUACGGAAUGGCAGAAGCUGAGAUCCAGGAAGACGCAGUUGAUGCAGGCCAGAAGGUCAUCGUUAUCGACGAUCUGCUUGCUACUGGGGGUACCCUGUACGCAGCCUGCGAGCUGCUGAAGAAGCAAAGAGUCGAGGUGCUGGGCUGCAUGGUGUUGAUUGAACUGAAGGACUUGAAUGGUGCAGAGCGAGUGAAACCAAGCCCGCUGUUCUCUCUAAUCCAGUGCUGAGGGCUGGAUGCAUUAAGCAUUAAUGCCCAUGUAUGCAUUACAAUUCUAUGCAUUUACUGGUGUGCCCUCUCUUUAGAAAUACAGCCAUAGUCUGCAACUAAUUACCUAAGGACCUCUCAGUGCAGUGUACUUUUAGUCACCUUUUCUACGAACUAGAACAAGGUCAUACUAUGCUAUUUUGAAAGUAAAAAAAAAAAAAACAUGAUGUGAUCAGUCAGAACAAUUAUAAAGGGCAAAGUGGAAGACCUAGGUGUCUUUCAUCCCUUGGCUUGCUGGACAGACUGAACUUUUUUUUUUAAAAUUAUGAUCACUAGAUGCAGUCUGCAAUAUUUAAACUACCGUGGAAAGCUGGGACUGGAGUUUCUGCCUCUGGUGGUGUUUCUGUAUUAUUCUAUCCACACUUGUAACUGAAGUGCUUUGUUUUUUCUCAGUUCAGUAAUGGUUGAGGAUACAAAAUAACAAGGGAUCAAUGUACUAGCAGCAAUCAAUUAUUAAACAGUAAGUUGUGUUCUGUACAAAGCACUGGAUGAACAAAGUGUCUUAAUAGCAACAUCUAUCUUAAGGGGACCAAUGAAAUAAAAUGUUCAAAUCAGUAUUUGCUAAAUAAACCACAUUUGUAUUUUUCUUUGCAUUCUUCUGCCAAAGGGAGGCAUCUUACUGUGCUAGAUGGGACUAGAUCAGAUAUUAAAGAUUGCGUGUUCUUAUCAGUGGGGAAAAAAAAUCUGCAGCUUCUGACCAUUAGUACUUGAUGAUUUGAUCACCCUUCACCCCACCUAACAUUACCUCCUAAUAUUUAGGUAUACUAAUCAGUCACAGCUCGGUGGUUGAUGAAAUACAGGGCAUGUCCCCACUGCUGUAACGACUGGGCAUAGGUUGAUAAAAUCAACCAGUAAUAAAAGUAGAACUGUUAACACUGUACCUUGUUCAGACAGAUUAAAAGACAUUUAUG